CGUGUUUUGUUUGUUACUUCCUGGUGCCUGCUUUAUUGCUGUCCUAAGGUCCGCAAGUGUCCCAAACGUGCCUUUUGCUCGCCGUCGUACUCUACUACACUGAAACGCAUUCUGAAAUACAGUAUAUCAUGGACAUUAUGACUGUGUUGCCGUCCAACUUUGGAUAUGUCAUCUUUACCUACCUCUACAGUUGGAUUAUGCUGUGCUAUUUAGGGGUUAAGGUUGGGGGUGCAAGGAAGAAGUACGAUGUUAAGUAUCCAACAAUGUACAGCGACAAGGAGCCGGUGUUCAAUUGUAUCCAGAGAGCACAUCAGAAUACACUAGAGGUGUAUCCACAGUGGCUUGUUUUCCAGACCAUUGCAGCUCUUGCUUACCCGUUAUCAGCCUCAGUGCUUGGGGCAAUCUGGGUGACCAGCAGGUUUUCGUAUGCCUGGGGCUACUACACAGGAGAUCCAGCCAAGAGGAUGAAUGGUGUUUAUGGCUACAUUGGAUACUUUGGAGUAAUCAUUCUCUCCAUAUCUGUUGCCUUGCAGUUGCUUGGAUUCUUUUAAAGAACUGCUAUUUUGUAUUUCUACUCAGUCUGCAGAGUUUAUUCAUUUAUGCUGGCUUGCAGGAUAUUUUGAAAUGCAAAACUUUGGAGCAGUUUAUAAGCACUUGUGAUGCUAAUUUUGAAUUGCAAUGCUAAUCAUAAUUGUAUGUACUACUACAUAUAUUUCUUAACAUUUCAAUAAAGGUAUGGAACUGGUACUUAAGACAAUAAUCAACUGGGAAAUAGAUGUUGCUGCCUCAGAUAUAGUAUGUUCUCUGUAAUACCAGGGUUUCACACAGUCAUCAAAGCUCCAUGUGACUCACACAUGAUGUUGUAGGUACAUAUCUUCCGUUGGAAUGUGACGCAAAUUAGACCAACAGAUUGUCUAAUGGACAUCUUAAAGAAUAAAUAUGACCAAUGAAACCGUU